AUGGCUGAUGAACACGGCCCCGGGCCUCUAGCAGAACCCAUGAACCAAGCCUAUCUAUGGCCACUUGUGCUUUUAACCGACCUGGAUGAAGCUAGCCAAGACAAGCUUGCCGGCUCCGUGCAAUUGAUGCUCAAGGAUGACCUUAAAGAUCACUCCAAGCACUACUUUGGAGACAAUAUCAAAGCCAACUCCGACGUCAAAAUUUGGUCGCCAUCCCGAUGGCUCCUUCGCUCUAUCUACCAACAGGGACCCCACCGGGAUUGCCUGGGCAAUAUCCAUGCCCUUGCCGUCCUAGCUUUUCGAUCUGGUCUCCCACGAAUCAUUGUGGCAGACGAGGCAACAAAGCGCCAUCUCGCCGAAAACCGUGACGACGACUGUGACCUGAGGCGUGGAAUUUCAGUGAUUUUGAUAUCUACAACAUGCUUUCCCAACUCAGACCGGGUUUCCAUCUUUCUGAAACGUGCUGCCUGCUUUCCGGUCCAGGACAAUGCCCAAAGACCGGUUCCCACAUCUGACAUUCAAAUGCCCGAGUUCCGAUCCGCCAUCAAAUAUUUUGGGCCGCUAUGGGACCGUGGCCCACGAGAAACUGGAGGCUUCAUAGUACAUGACCCUGAUCAAGAGCUUUCCAUGAUUGGAUCAGCCCAAAUUCUUGCAAGGGAGUACUAUGUAAAAGCUGUGACUGCCGCAUUACGUCCCCAUCUGCCUAUGGAGCUAGCACUUGAAGUGUCAAAUACGCGCAGCAGUCAGAUAAAGAUGCCUGUUUGGGAACGUCGUCCAAGCCGAACGCAUUUAGUCAUAUUCUGCACCUACCAGACCACAACAGAAGAACUACGCAAAACUCAGAAAGUGAUCCAAGAUGGGCUCUCGCCCGUCUUGAAUGGUUACCGGACCGCGGAGCUGGUCCCAUUGGACCGACACCGAAUCAGGACUAGGCGAGACCUCAUCAGUUUCUGGGAGAAAUACCGGCUAUGGGAUGCAUACAUGCCGGUGGGUAGAGGUAUACUUGUGCCUCUGAUUUAUCUCAGUCAACCGCUUAAAAAUAUCAGCUUGGUGCAAUUCGGUGUUAUCCAAGGCCGGGGUACAUCCGUGCCAAUCCCGACAGUCAUGGCUCGGAUGCGCUUGCGUGAUAUCUGUGAGGAUAUGGCAAAAAUUGGCUAUAUCAAUGCUCCUUUACCGGGUGAUUUCGAUUAUGAUUCCAGUCACGAGGGGCCAAGAGAGUUCUUUUGGCAUCCGGAUCAACCAUGUUUGACAAGGCAGCUUCCAUGGAUUUUCUCAUGGCUUACAAUCUUCGCGUCGCCUCCGCUAACCGAGGAGGCGAAGCAGAGAAUCCAGGAUAUCAUGACGGUGUACGACAAGUAUGGUCCGCAUGGUUUAAAUGGACCACACGCCCUGAUUGAGGCACGGACUUUGUCUGGGAGGAACGGUGAAGCUGGCAUGACAAACGACGCUGGCAUGACCAAGGAAGCCUGCAUGACCAACAAAGCCGGCCUGACUGACGAACAGUUGGAAUAUGUCUGGAACACUGUCAGCCGGGAUUACAUCGAGCGUUGCAGUUGGACUAGUGGUGGUUUAUUCGCCUUUAUUGAUGAACAGUUCGUUGUUGGUCAAACCGUUAUCGUAGCUUCGGUCAAGCAGUAUGUUGGUGAUACAACGCAUAGACUACUUGAGCACUUGCCUUUUCCGUGGAUACAGGGUUUCUUCUUCAAGCGCGUCCCUGUUUACCUGGCAGCCAUGUGUGGGAAGGACACAGCGGUUGGUGGCGAGUGGUUGAGCUAUUCCAGGCCUGGUUGGCCAUCUCCUGGGCUACUGCCAGACGGGUUUUGA